AACUGAGAACUGAAGAAAGCCAGGGGGCACCUGGCUGUGAGCUGUCACCGCUGCCCCGCGUCUCUUCCACCGACCGACACUGUCACCCGCAGAGGCGGAUCUGACUGCGAGGACCGAGCCGCUCGGUUGACCCCCCCCCCACACCCACGCCACCUCCAAGACCUACACGCGCGCGCUUCAGGCUUAAGCAGCCCUCCUCAUAUUCGGUCAGGUCUAGCACAUUGCUACCUCUGAUCCAUCCAAAAUGGCUCCUACUCUGGCCACGGCCUUCUCCCGCCGCUGGUGGAUGGCGGUUACAGCAGUCAUUGAGAACCUGCUUUUCUCUGCUGUGCUUCUUGGCUGGUCGUCCCUGCUCAUCAUGCUCAAGUCGGAGGGCUUCUACUCUUACCUGUGCAAAGGACGAGAAAACAGCUCCAGCUUCAACUUCUCCAACACAUCCACCCCUGCAGCCAAAGGUGCAGAAGAAGAGUACUUGGAAAUGAACAACUGGCCCAUCUGCAAAGACCAGGAUGAGAUGCUGAACCUGGCUUUUACUGUGGGUUCCUUCUUGCUGUCAGCCAUAACUCUGCCCCUGGGUAUUAUCAUGGAUAAAUACGGGCCGCGGAAGCUGCGACUGUUGGGGAGUGCCUGCUUUGCCUUCUCCUGUCUUCUCAUCGCCUAUGGUGCCAGCGACCCCAACAAUCUGUCCAUCCUGAUCUUCUUCGCAUUGGCGUUGAAUGGGUUUGGAGGCAUGUGCAUGACCUUCACUUCACUGACGCUGCCCAACAUGUUUGGAGAUCUGAGGUCGACCUUCAUUGCCCUGAUGAUUGGAUCCUAUGCUUCCUCUGCUGUCACUUUCCCUGGCAUCAAGGUGAUCUAUGAUCUGGGUGCCACAUUCAUCUCCAUCCUUCUGGUUUGGGCCGGCUGUGCCUGCCUCGUCUUCUUGAACUGCUUCAUCAACUGGCCUUUGGAGCCCUUCCCUUUUGAUCUCACCCUGACUUCUCUCAUUUCCUCUGCAGCUCAGAGCUUCAUGAAGAGUAUCUUCAGUCCCAUCUUCUUGCUGAGCCUUAUCACCAUGUGUGUCACUCAGCUGCGCCUCAUAUUCUACAUGGGAGCCAUGAACACUAUCCUGGAGUCCCUAACAGGCAGAGACCUCAGCACAGUGAGCGUGUACACCUCCAUCUUUGGCGUGCUCCAGCUCCUGUGUCUGGUCACCUCUCCUGUCAUUGGCUACGUCAUGGACUGGAAGCUUAAAGACUGUGAGGAUGAAAACGACAAGAGCACCAAGAGAGAGCCUGGUCAGCCCCGUCGCCCUGACAAACGGAUCCAGAAGAUCGUCAAUGCCACCAGAGCUUUUAUCUUCACCAACAUACUCCUUGUUGGCUUUGGAGUCACCUGCAUCAUCCCCAACCUCCCACUUCAGGUUGUCUCCUUUGUCCUGCACACUAUUGUGAGAGGCUUCAUCCACUCUGCAGUUGGCGGGCUUUAUGCUGCUGUGUAUCCAUCCUCUCAGUUUGGCAGCCUGACAGGCAUGCAGUCUCUGAUCAGCGCUCUGUUCGCCCUGCUCCAGCAACCUCUCUUCAUGGCCAUGGUGGGACCCCUGGAGGAAGACCCCCUAUGGGUGAACGUGGGUCUCCUGGUGCUGAGCAUGCUGGGUUUCUGCCUGCCCUUCUACCUGCUGUACCACAGCCGCCAGCUCCAGCGCCUCCGAGACGAACGUGACAAAGAUCCCAAGAUCUACGUUAAGAUGAACAACGGCAGCACGCCCGAGGCCUGCGUGUAGACGGGCAUGAAGAUGAUUUUUUACAAAGUAGAUGAGCUAAACUAAAGAUGGAGGGGACUGAGGUCACGUUUCUGUGGGACAUGUGACGAACGAAUUCACUCUGAGACCGCUGCACCUCACACUCACAAAUCUUACAUUCCGCAUGCUCACACAGAUGCACACACUUUCACCAUCAUACUGACACCCAUAUGUGACUGAACACCACUGUGACACCUCCUUCACCCUCUCUGUGAAGAACCCCUAACACACACACACAUUCUUUCCACAUGGAGAGCUUUCAGUUCCUUGACUUCACCCGUGAACUGAGGAGAAAACUGACUAAAGGGAGAGAAAAGAAGCAGCUGCUUCAGCCUCCCCAAAGGUUCCUCCUCUCUCAUUUUUUUCUUCAUGUCUGCCAUUUUGUAUUUCAUGCUGGUUUAGCUUCUCCUAGUCCUACUUAAGAGACCACAGGAGAAGAAGAUGCCAAAACAAAUGUUAGUGGCAGUGUUCAAAGGUUUUAGACAUUUGCUUUAUGAUUGCCCAGGAUGGUCUGUUUUUUGUUUUGGUGAGAAGAAGCACACAUACUUAGACCCACUCAGCACGCUGGGCCACGGCAUCUCCGUGCUCUCUUGUGCACAAGGGCAUUAACUCAAUAAGAACCCACAGACAGCAGCACUGGUAGCAGUUUAGAUGGAAACCUGGACAGGUUUGAGCUCAGCGCACGAUACACAGCCUCAGUGUGUGCGUGACUGGGUUAGACACACACUGCAUGAUGCCAGCGAUGGUGCUGGUCCUUUAUUACUGUUGCCAUUAUUUUUCUUUUGUUUUGUUUCUUUGUCCAUAUGUUUGAAAUAUGUAACCUUUUUUUGUAUUUACUUGCAAUAUGAUCUUGGAUGUGUUAGGUGUUUAUUUCUUUUGCAUGAUUUCAAGCUAUUAAGGUGGAAAUGAUUUUAGACAUAUUGUGUUUUCAAAGGUUGGUGUGGUUGCUAGGUGAAUUUUAGGAUCUUGAUUGGUUGUAGCAAUAAGUCUUCGGCGAGGUAUAACAUGCUGAAAUCCGGACAGACAGGACAUUCAGUUGACUGCAUUUCCAAAUCACAAAAAGGUGCUAGUUUAAUCACAGACAUGUGUCAGUUGCAUUUGCUUUAAGGCACUGUUAAGGUCAUGAGAUUACCAACUUAAGGCGUGUUCCAAAGAAUCAGUCAGAUUAUGUUUUGCUUGGUAUCACUUCUGCUUGGUCACACAAACUCUGGGAUUCUUGAAUUCACCUCUUACAGACAAAGGGAGAUUUAGCUUGAUGGUAGCAGAGUGAAACAGACACAAUCUUCCAGCUUCUGAGAAAAGACACCAGCGUUCUGAGACUAAGUACAGACAAUAAAGCAGUCUUUGUCUUUCAAGCAGAAGCCCAGAACAGAAGCAUGGAGUGUGUAGACGAUGGAGCAGGGAGAUAAUAAUUCAGUCUGCUGUCCUCAAAUGUCAUACAGAGAAGCUCCUUUGACAUGCCCCGCCCCCAACUUGCAGUACGGUGACAGAGGCACAUCCAAAGACAGCCUCAUGACCCUCAGAGUUCCUCACUGUGACAGGGGUAGUGGAUCCGGGUAGCAUUUAGCCCCGCUCUUCCUCCCAUCUAGCCAUCAUCCAUUCAUCUAUCCUUUCAUCUGUGCUACCUACUCAAGCACACCUUAAAAUGUUUACUGGCAGAACUGAGAGACAAAGCUCUGCAGCCAUCAUAUGCUCCCAGCGAAUGACUUCCUUAAGACAAGAACGGCACACGAUGCACUUUAGAGCCUCUAAAACGGACCUGCCUGCCCAUGUAUCUAUCACACAGUGCAUGGCUGCUUAUGGAUGGUGCAUGAUGCAAAGAAUGUAGACUCUGAAUUUAAAAUCUAGAUUUGUAAUUUACAAUUCAGUUAUUUUUGUAUAAUGCCCUUGCUUCACACGUUCCUUUUAUUGCCUUUUUGUGCUUGGACAGUGGGGCAGAGACUCGUCUUUCAGUUCUGCAACCUUCACAGGACGAACCAGUCGCAACAAUCUCAUCCUUGAUGAACUAAUUAAGGUUUAAAGAAUCAGUAGAAGACUGUAUGGGUUAAAGUUGGUGCAGAAAUGAUUUUAGUUGGAUGACGGGGAAAAAGUGUGCAUUUGUAAUUAAAGGUGUUUGCAUCUCUUUAUCUAAAUGAAUGGUGGCCUUUUUGGUCAUAUAUUACAAUCCUGACUGACUGUAUUUUUCAUAAAUGCAGAUCUUAUUUCAUACAUCCACAUGUCUUGUUGUUUGGAGCAGUUAGCUAGCACAAAAGGUAUUGGAUAUAUCAGACCUGAACAGAUCUAAAUAUUUAUCAUUCUGCCAUCUUUAUUUGUAUUUUGUAAAUUCAGAUCCACACAAAGACAACCUCUCAAUAACAGUUUUGUGCUUGUGGGAUACAACACAAUGGAUUUUUUUUUUAAUGGAAAUGUAAAGAAUGUAGAGUCAGUGCUCAUAUCGUCACUUAAAAUGUACAGUUUUUGCCUUCUAAAACCUUAUUUGUGGUACAGUUGUCCUUCAUAUGAUUAAAGCCCUAUCUGGACUCCAUAGAGAGUGGCUCUGGUAGCGUGCUGGUGUUUCCUGUAACUUAAAGAAGUGUCCUCUGAGUACAAGCUUGUGCAGGAAUAACAUCACAUGUAAAUGUCAUGUGAAGACAGACACUUUGUGGACGAGUGAGUUUAUUUUUUUCACAAACUGUAAACCAAUCAGCACUUUUCCUUCAUCGGUGUACCUGAAACACCUCACCCCAUCCUCCCGGCAUCCUCACCUUCAUAGCUUAACCCGAACUUCUGAUAAUUGGAAUUGGUUUAUUGAUCGAUGUAUUGAUGACUUAUUUGUUUUUUUUUCUCAUGAUGAAUUCCCAGACAACCUUUCUGUGUGUUGUGUUUUAUGUCACUGUGUACUGAUAGAAAAUCUAGAUUGGAGCUGAAACUCUGACAUUUUUUUUAUCUACCUACCAUGCUUCAUUUUAGUUUUUCUGUCUUUUAUUACGCUUCUUUGCCUCCGAUGUUUACAAGAAUGUCUUUGUAUUGUCUUACAGUGUAUGUUGGUUUUUCUUUUGUCUUGUACCACAGUAUAGCCAUUGUCUUGGACUUUCCAACAGAUGCUGUUUCAACUAAAAAAAAAAAAAAUCAAUAUAUGAAGCAAAAUAAACAAUAAUUUGUA